AUGGCCGAGAACCCCAGUUUUGUCUUCGUUCCAGGCGCAUGGCAUGCGGCAGACACAUUUGAUGUCGUGCGGGAUUUGAUGCACAAGCGCGGGCUUGCCACCGAAGCUAUCUCCACUCCUUCCGUGGGCGCAUCCUCUCCAGAUAAGGGACUGCACGCGGAUAUCGAACACACUCAUGCCGUCCUCAAGGAGAUGGUAGAAGCUGGCCGCCAAAUUGUGGUGGUGAACCAUUCCUAUGGCGGGAUAGUUGGUGCCGGAGCUGUCGAGGGCCUGGGGUACGUGCAGCGUUGCAAAGCCGGUCUACCUGGCGGCGUGCUCAUGGUAGUAUGGCUGGCUGCAUUUGUGACGCCAAGCGGCAAAACUGUAAUAGACAUGCUGGGCGGAAACUUGCUUCCCUGGAUGAUCACCAAGAGCCCUGAUGAUGGCUACUGCUGGAGCUCCGAAGAAGACACCGUGUUCUAUAAUGACAUGUCUCCGGAAGAGCAGCAGAAGGCGAUUUCCAAAUUGAAGCCGCACACGCUGAAGGCAUUCCAUGAGCCGGCGAUGCAUGAACCUUGGCAUGUGAUGCCUAGCAUGUAUCUCUUUUGCGACCAGGAUGCAGCUAUCCCUUUGCCUGUGCAAGAAAUAUUUGCUGAAACUUUGGGCAACCCAGUAACUUACCAUGUUAAUGCGUCUCACUCGGCAUUCCUGAGCAUGCCAGAUAAGGUGAUUGAUGGGUUGGAAGUUGCGUUGAAGGAAGGUCGACAGCAGAGUGGAAUUUCUGUGAACUAA